AUGGACAAGCCCCCCACGGAGCUCCACCACCACCACGCGGCCUCGCGCUCCACCGCCUCCCUCCCCCCAGACCCGGCGGCGGCGGCGGCGGCGGCGGCGGGGGGGGGGGCGGGGGCGGGGGCGGCGACGGUGGACCUCAGCCAGACCAAGGGCGGCUUCCGCCGGGUGCGGCUCAACGUGGGGGGCCUCCCGCACGAGGUGCUGUGGCGGACCCUGGACCGGCUGCCCCGCACGCGGCUGGGCAAGCUGCGGGACUGCAACACCCACGAGGGCCUGAUGGAGGUGUGCGACGACUACAGCCUGGACGAGAACGAGUACUUCUUCGACCGCCACCCGGGCGCCUUCACCUCCAUCCUCAACUUCUACCGCACGGGCAAGCUCCACAUGAUGGAGGAGAUGUGCGCGCUGUCCUUCAGCCAGGAGCUGGACUACUGGGGCAUCGACGAGAUCUACCUGGAGUCCUGCUGCCAGGCGCGCUACCACCAGAAGAAGGAGCAGAUGAACGAGGAGCUGAAGCGCGAGGCGGACAACCUGAAGGUGCGGGAGGGGGAGGAGUUUGACAACACCUGCUGCGCGGAGAAGAGGAAGAAGCUCUGGGACCUGCUGGAGAAGCCCAGCUCGUCCAUCGCAGCCAAGAUCCUGGCCAUCAUAUCCAUCCUCUUCAUCGUCCUGUCCACAAUCGCCUUGUCUCUGAACACCCUCCCGGAGCUCCAGGACACCGAUGAGUUCGGCCAAUCCACCGACAACCCCCAGCUGGCCCACGUGGAGGCGGUGUGCAUCGCCUGGUUCACCAUGGAGUACCUGCUCCGCUUCCUCUCCUCCCCCAACAAGUGGAAGUUCUUCAAGGGCCCGCUGAACGUCAUCGACCUGCUGGCCAUCCUGCCCUACUACGUCACCAUAUUCCUGACCGAGUCCAACAAGAGCGUGCUGCAGUUCCAGAAUGUCCGGCGGGUGGUGCAGAUCUUCCGCAUCAUGCGGAUCCUGCGCAUCCUGAAGCUGGCCCGGCACUCCACUGGCCUGCAGUCUCUGGGCUUCACCCUGAGGAGGAGCUACAACGAGCUGGGUCUGCUCAUCCUCUUCCUGGCCAUGGGCAUCAUGAUCUUCUCCAGUCUCGUCUUCUUCGCCGAGAAGGAUGAGGACGACACCAAGUUCAAAAGCAUUCCGGCGUCUUUCUGGUGGGCCACCAUCACUAUGACCACCGUGGGUUACGGAGACAUCUACCCCAAAACCCUCCUGGGGAAGAUAGUGGGGGGUCUGUGUUGUAUAGCAGGAGUACUGGUGAUAGCCCUGCCCAUUCCUAUCAUUGUGAAUAACUUCUCAGAGUUUUAUAAGGAACAGAAAAGACAGGAGAAGGCUGUGAAAAGAAGGGAGGCUCUGGAGAGGGCCAAGAGAAACGGCAGCAUUGUCUCCAUGAACAUGAAAGAGGCUUUUGCACGAAGUGCAGAGCUGAUGGAUGUGGUGGUGGAGAAGAGCGAGCGACCGCAGCAAAACCACCUGUCCCCCAGCCGCUGGAAAUGGACUCCCAAGAGGGCUGGCUCAGAGACCAGCUCCAAUCACUCUUUAAAUGCCAAGGAGCUAGGCUCUCCGAGCAAAGAUGGAACCGCCAGUCCUCAGAGGCUUAAUGCCCAGAAGCUGGAGGAGAUGUACAACCAGAUGGCCAUGACGCAAUCCCAGCCAAAUCUCAAUGCAAAAGACAAAAGCUCCCGAGUUGGCAAACACAGGGAUGAAAUAGAGCUGGGAGCUAUCCCAGACCAGGGCCAGCCCAUGAUGGGCACGAGGGAGGCGGUGGGAGACAUGAAGAGCUUGUCGAGCAUCGAUAGCUACAUCAGUUGCGCCACAGACUUCCAGGAGAACACCCGGUUCCCCCAUAGUCCAGCUGUGGGCCUUGGCCUCCAAGACGGCAGCAGGCGGUUCUCCCACAGUCCUGCCAGCGUCCUGGGUGGUGGACGCGCCAGUGCCAAGACAGCCCUGCAGCCCCCCCUGGAGCACGAGCCUGUGUUCACGCCCAUAUCGGGUACUCUCUUCCCCGAAAAGACACCGAAAUUCUUCUUCUCCAGCAACUUUUCCAAAAACCGCACCCCUAAAGGCAGUUGCCGUAGUGACGGGGACAGUGGCCCCUCCCCCAUGUCCGACAGCUCAGUCCUCUCCGACCACUCACUGUUGACCUCCGGGGCGUCCGUCUACACCACGGCCAGCAGCAGGACCCCGCCCAAGUCCCCGGAGAGCACCACGCUGACGCAGGCCGUGUUCACCUUCCACGACUCGUCCAUCAGCAAGUACAUCGACGCCGACACGGACGACGACGAGCACCUGCGGGACAUCUCCGACGCCAACCCCUCCGAGCGCCUCCUGGCGGGCUCCAGCCCCAAGUGCCGCAUCAACAGCACCUACCAGAGGGGCACCAACCACCUAGAAACGGCCCAGAAAAUGCUGGGCCAUAACUGUCUGUUCCCCCUCGAGGGGAUUCGGAAGGGGAUCCACGAGAACCACGUGGUGCCCGACGCGACGCGCAAAGUCAAAGUAGGGAGGGGAACGCCGAACAAAUUGAACGAGAGUCUCUGA